AAGGGAUCGUUCGACACUUCACUGUUCCUGGUAAGCCACAACAAAAUGGAGUUGCUGAGAGAAUGAACCAGACAUUAAUAGAGAAGGUUCGAUGCAUAUUGUCUCAAGCAGGAUUGAGUAAGGCAUUUUGGGCUGAGGCUCUCAGUUAUGCAGUUCACUUGGUGAAUCGUUUACCUGUUUCUGGAAACGGUGGGAGAACUCCGCUUGAGGUAUGGUCAGGUAGUCCUGUUAGUGAUUAUGAUAAAUUACAUGUGUUUGGGUGUCCUGCUUAUUAUCAUGUGACAGACUCAAAGCUGGAUCCUAGAGCAAAAAAAGCCAAGUUUAUGGGCUUUAGCAAAGGUGUGAAGGGCUAUAGGUUAUGGUGUCCAGAAACAAGUGGAGAAGGUGGUGUUCUCUCCUGAUGUGGUUGCUCCUACUGAAGAACCUAUUGACCAGGUAAAUAAUAACUUUGAUGUCUUAGAACAGAAAGAGCAAAGUCUGGAGGAGCAAAGCCUUGUAAAUGAAAGAGUGGAGGAACCUGAGUCUAUCGCCAAGAAUAGACCACGAAGGGUAAUUCGAAAACCUGCAAGGUUUGAUGAUACGAUAGCAUAUGCUUUCUCUAUAAUUGAUGGAGUUCCCAACUUACGUAUUGAGGCUUGAGGUGGUAGCAACCAACUCAGUUAUCAACUUGGAGAUCUUAUGACAAGGU